CAUGACAAAGAAAUAUUUUUGGAGGACUAUAAAGAGAUGAAUAGAAGCUUUAAGAUAUAUGUGUAUCCACACAGGAAGGAUGAUCCCUUUGCAAACACACUAGUGCCGGUGAAUUAUGAACCAGGAGGGAAUUAUGCCAGUGAAGCUUACUUCAAGAAGGCUCUUAUGAAGAGCCACUUCAUCACCAAGGACCCUUCAGAGGCAGAUCUCUUCUACAUGCCUUUCUCCAUUGCAGCAUUGCGACAUGACCGGCGAGUGGGUGUCGGCGGAAUUCCGGCCUUUGUUCAAGCAUACUUCCAUAACAUCAGCCAUACUUAUCCCUACUGGAACCGGAGUGGAGGGGCUGACCAUUUCUAUGUUGCUUGUCAUUCCAUUGGAAGCACAGCAACAAGGAAAGCAGAACAAGUGAAGCUCAGUUCUAUUCAGGUUGUAUGUUCUUCAAGCUAUUUUUUAACUGCUUAUGUUGCUCACAAGGAUGCAUCAGUGCCACAAAUAUGGCCAAGAAAAGGUGAUCCCCCCACACUUUCUUCAUCAAAGAGGGAAAAGCUAGCCUUUUUUGCUGGAGCAAUGAAUUCAUGGAUACGCAUGGACGUCGUCAAAACAUGGAGAAAUGACUCAGAGAUCUUUGUGAACUCUGGUCGCCUCACGACGCCAUACUCUGAUGCACUACUUGUAAGCAAGUUCUGCCUCCAUCUCAAGGGCUUUGAAGUAAACACUGCGCGAAUCGGGGAUGCCAUGUUCUAUGGUUGUGUUCCAUUGAUUAUCGCCGACCACUAUGAUCUACCCUUUGCAGACAUAUUGAACUGGAAGAGUUUCUCUCUUGUUGUUCCAUCCUUAGACAUCUCUUUGCUGAAGAAAAUCCUUCAUGGAGUGAGCUUAGACCAGUACUCAACAUUGAAGAGGAAUGUGCUGAAGGUGCGACGACAUUUCAAAUGGCAUUCUUCUCCAGUUGAUUACGAUGCUUUUCAUAUGGUCAUGUAUGACCUAUGGCUACGACGAAGCUCUGUGAGGAUCCCAAUCAACAUUCAAGAUAGUGUAAUAUAA